AUGAAGCUCUUCCUCGUCGCCGUCGCCGCCACGUCCGUCUUUGUGGCGGAGGGCGCGGAGGCGGGAGAAGCGACCUUGAUGCGUGCCAAGAUGGCCUACUUCCGCGAGCGGAUGUUUGCCCGGAUGAAGGAUGUGUCUCCGGAGAAGACCACCCUGAAGAAUAUGGAGAAAUCGAUCUUGAGCAUGGCGGCCUCUCGGAGGUCCAAGUCGGGCACCACCGACCUGAGCGAUUUCUUGAAGGAAAUCCAGGAGCUCUUGGAGAACACCAUGAAGAAGAACAUCUUACAGCGGGUGGCACAAACCCAAGCGGAUAUGGACAGCGGCUAUGGCAAUCUCAGCAGCUGCACUCAUCCAGAAGAUCUGGACUACAAUGAUGCUGUGAAGUCCUUGUCCACCACCCACGUGGAGUGCCGCAACGAGCAGAACGCCGCUUGGAUGGACUAUGACACCACUUGCAUUCUGGCACGGCAGAUCCAAGAGAACGAGCGGAUUGCUCUUUGCAACGCCUUCCAGGCAGCCAACAUCUUCCCGAACCCGGCGACCACUUGCUCCAUGGACGAGGGGACGAAGGUGCCCACCAUCGGCAACUACCUGGGGGAGAUGGCGAAGUUCUUCCGGGGCGAGUACGACAUCCUUUAUGAGAAGAAGAUGAAGUGCGACAAUGCCACCAACACGCCCUUCAAGAAUGAGGAGCUUUGCAAAGAGAAGAUUUGCCUCUACUAUGAUCAGAAGAUCGCAUGCGACGAAAAGCAGAAAGCCAUGGAAGAGAAGGCCUGCCAAUUGCACAAGACCUACACCUGUGCACUCUUCGGCGAGUGCUACACUGAGAAGGUAGAGCUCUAUGAUGGCAUCGUCACUUUGGCCAAGGAGUCGGAGGAGGCCUUGCAGUCCGAGUGGCAGGCGGUGCUGCGCAUCGAAUGUUUGGUGAAGGCCUUGGGCAUGGAGGACAGUGAAGUGGAUGCCGGCAUUACUGCUUGCAAAGAGAAAGGCUACUCCACGGAAGAAGUAGCCUUCAACUACAAAGGCGACGCGCCAGCCGCGCGGACCUGCACGGACGUCUUCCUGCAGCCGGGUACAGCGGUCUUCUCCAACCAUUGGUAUAGCGGCCUGCCUAGCAACACGCCAGCUGAGAGUUGCGCCUGCACCUGCUGCCGCGACACCGAGUACCUUCCCGGCUACCCAGCUGCUGCAGCAUGCCCCUACGUGCCAGGUGCCACAACGACGACCACCACCACGACGACCAAGGCAACCACGACCACCACCACGACCACGGAGGCCGCGGUCGUUUCACGGCGUGCCCGCCGCCGCAUGCGCUGA